UGGGCCAUCCGCGGCAACAUCUCUCGAAAACCUUCGAAACCCUCCUACUACACUGCUCUCACUCCUCAAAACACACUCUCUCUCUCUCUCUCCCCUAUUCGAUGGCUCCGAGGCGAGCUCCCCUGGAAGAAGAUCCUCCUUCCGCUUCAUCAUCAUCAUCAACAUCAACAUCAACAUCAGAAGAUGACCAACCCACCGACAACGAACAAGAAGAAAACCAUAAUCAAGAACUACCCAAAGAAACAGCAGAAUCUGAAUCGUCUGAAGACGAAGAUGAAGAAGAAGAAGAGGUAAAGAACAACAAACCCUAUGUCCAAAAACCCACUCCAACAACCACCGCCACAAAAACCCCACAACCCAACUCGCCGUCGGACUCCGACUCCGAAACCCGCUCGGCCCAACCCUCUCCCACCGCCUCCGAUUUCACCAUCAAGCCCAUCGCUUCCAAGCCCAUGGAAAACCCCAAGAAACCCACCUCUAAUCCCUCUGCCAAACGCCCCGUUACAGAGACUGAUGAAAAGAAUCCCAAGAAAAAGGCCAAGGUUGAGGAGGAGGAGGAGGAGGUGGAGGAGAAGAAGAAGUCCGGUGGCUCGGUUAAUCGGUUGUGGAGCGAGGAUGAUGAGACUGUAUUACUUAAGGGGAUGGCUGGCUUCCAGUCGAAGAAAGGGGCGGACCCAUAUUUGCUCACGGGUGAGUUUGACGAGUUUAUUAAGAAAUCGCUUAGUGUCGAAGUUUCGAGGAGUCAGUUGAUGGAUAAGGUUAGGAGGCUGAAGAAGAAGAAGGAGAUCAAUGCUGGGCAGGGGGAGAAGGGGGCGGACCCGGUUUUUUCGAAGCCCCAUGAGCACAAGUGCUUUGAGCUUUCGAAGAAGGUAUGGGGUGGUGGAAAGGACAGUAGUAAUGGAGUUGAUGAGAAUGGGAAGAGUUGGAAUGAGAGAGCGAGGAAGACGGUUAAGCUGGAAGAUUCUGUAGCUUUGCAGCCUAAAGAGAAUGGGAAAGGGGUUGGUGGGUUGAAAGAGGGAUUCAAAGGAGAGAUGAAGGGCGUGAAGGUUGAUGAGAUCUUUGUACAAUCGGAUCUUCAUCCGGGUCGACCGGAAAAACCCAAGAGAAGGACUAGAGAGGAAAUGGCGGCUGAUUUGAAAACCAAUUGGGAAGCGAAGAUGGCGGCGAGGGGCUUCAAGAGUGAGAGGCGAGUCCACGCGAUGAGUUUGGGCAAGGACAGUGCUAGCAUUCAGCAAAUCACCAAACGAGGUUUGAAUUUCUGGACUCGUUCUCUUGACGGUUAUAAUGCUAAGGGGGUUAUUGAAUUUUAUCAGAAAAUGAAUAUUGAGAAUGUGUUGGCCACCGGUAAAAUUACUUCGAAAGUAGCCAACAAGGUUAUUGAGGUGGAUGCCUGUACAAUAGCUAAAUAUUUGAAGUAUAUCAGGCCCGCUCCGGAAGUCACCAACUAUCCUCAACCCGAGCCGAUUGACCCAGAUGACAUAAACCAAGCCCUUUACACUAAUCCCAACGAUGCAAGUCUUCCGCACAAACCGGGGAAGUUUAGAGAUGUUUACCGUGUGUUGAACCAAGCUUUGCAUUACAAUCUCUAUCCCCGUGGGACAGAGAGUAAGCCUUCGAAGAAAAGCGCGGAGUUGUUGUAUGUGUUUAUGCAUGACAACUAUGUGAUGGAUUGGGCGAAGUGCAUUUUUGAACAAUUGGUGGAUUUUAAAGGCAAUACUAUCGGCUCGGCCCGUAUGCCAUUCCCGUGCAUGAUCACUGGAAUUUUGAAAGACCAAGGAGUGCGCGGGUCACAAUAUGCUAAAUUGGACCAACCUUCCCCGGGGGACAUUACUCUUUCUGUUUUGGAGAAGAGCAAGUCCCAAUCCAAAGCUUCUGGGGCAGGCCCGUCGGUUCCCGCUCCCCCCAAAGGAUCCUUGUAUACGAUGCCCAGACCUAGAGCUCCGCUGGAAAGUUGGUUGAGGAAGAUCUUUUGCCAAAAUGUGGCCAUCUUGAAAAUGCAAAAGAGGGAUUGGAAGGAGAGGAAGAAGAUGAUGAAGGAGAUUGGGAAACUCCAAGGCGAGUUGAGCUGGCACACGUGCUACAUUGCAAGCACUACGGAUGAGAGGUACGAGGCACCUCCGGAAGUUGAGGUGGCCAAUAGCAGUGAGGAGGGAGAAGGGAAUGAGGAGGAGGAGAAUGAGUGAGGAGGCCUCAUGGUAGUGAAGUUAGAAAAUCCUCAAACUUGGUCGGGGUAUUGGGUGGUUGACAUUCCACCCCCUUUCUUUCCGUUUGUCUAGUCUAACUUUAAUUAGUAGUUGUUUAUUGGUAGUCGUAUUAUGUUUUUGCUAUGGCCGGCAUGUGCCUUUGACUUGGUAGCUUUUGUGUCGGUGGCGGUCAAGGGGUAGUUAUCCGAGCAAGUAUAUGGCCGUCACCCUUUUUGUUAACUUUCUUUUGAAACCAUGGUCAUUAUAUGCUUAUUAAGUCCUUAGUUGAUCCUUA